CCUAUUCUCCAUCUACCCUCGGCCUUCCAGACGACAACUUCAACAUGACGACUUUGGCACCAUCUCAGCCACAGCAUUCCGGCUCCAGUCAUGGGAGUCCUCAGGAUUCGUCUGUUUCAUUGUUCCGAGCAGGAGGAGACGCUGCGCCUCCUGCACUGAAGAGAAACUUCGGCUCCAUGGACAGCGCGCUCGAUGGGCAAUCUCCCGUCUCGGCAGCAUCCCCCGACAACGCGCCACCUGGCAAGAUGGCCAUUCCUGCCUUGAAGCGUCCCCGCAACGACUCGACUGUCAACAAUGGUCCGCUCAGCCAGCAGGUCAUCCUCAAGGCUCGACCAAAGCCUGGUCGUAAGCCCAUGGUGGACCACGACGACUCGUCGGACAAACGCAAAACCCAGAACAGGGUCGCCCAGCGUAACUUCCGCGACCGUCGUGCUCAGAAGUGUCAAGACCUUGAGGCCGAGAAUGCGAAGUUGAAGGACGAACAUGCCGACGCUAUGGCCAAGCUGCACAACGAUAUCUCUGCUCUUCAGGCAGCCCUUAUCCAAAGCACGGCCGAAAAGGCGAAUCUCAUCGCCGAGAAGGCUCGCGCCGACCUUGAGUGCAGCCAGGCCAAAGAGCGUAUCCUGGAGAUGCAGAAGGAACUCGAUGCUGCCAAGCUUCACCACGCACACUCUCAUGCCGCGCAACCACAGCGUUCGAACAUCACAUCAAACUCUGUCUCAUCAGUCCAUCACAUUCUCACUCCUCCCUCGGACAACUAUGAUCAUCAAGAUGAUCAGGAACAGGACUUUACUUUCAUGUUCUCUUCGCGCAAACCAUCAGCAUAUGCUCCAGUCUCCCCUGAGGAUCACUGCGGCUUCUGCAGUGAUGUAGAGAACUGCAUAUGCCGACAGCAAGAAGAACUCAACAAGAGUCUUCCGCCUAUCGAUUCAUCGCGUGCCACCACUCAACCUAAAAUGCCACUAGACAUAUCUACCCCAAGCUUUCUCGAGGCACCAACGAAUGCUUCCGGCCCAGGUACUUGCGAUAUGUGCCUCGCUGACCCUGAGAAAGCGAGGCAGUGUAGAGAGCUGGCCGAAGCUACCGGUCUCGAAAACAAAUCAGCACAACCGACUCGCUCCGAGGAAGUCGGCACCAUUGGUACUGUGAAGCUUCGUCGACUCAAACAGCUCGAUACGCCAAACCACACUGCGCGAACAUCAUGCUCCGACUUCUUCCAACAAGCACAAAGGAAGAACGUCAAGCUUGGACCUGCCAACUACAAAGACAUUACACAUGUCUACCGUUAUCAACGUCCUGAUGGUCGAAUCGAGCAUUCUCCAUACAUGGAGAUGGAUGCUCAAGAUGCUGCUCAUGCUUUGGCUGCUCUCUCCAGACAGGAUACCAGAUCCGGUAUGGACCGUCAGUCUUGAUGUGGGUGCACUAAUAUUGUUCAUGAUCAACGUUCAAACGAUAAAUCUGGGUGGCGUUUCUUGGGACAUGUGCUUUUCCUUUCUUCAAAGAGCUUUUUGAGGCUCGGUACCGCCUCACACCCUUUUCUCUUCUUGUUUCUGCUCUUACACCGGUCGUUCACCCUUCUUUGCUCAUGUUUGUUGUCUAUCGUUUCUUGACUAGUGUCUAUAUCACGUCGAAUCAGAAACCUUCAAGUAAGAUGAACGAUGUAAUUUUCCCGUCUUGCGCUGCACUACCAUCAGACGCGUCAACAGUCCUUCGAAUCAGCAUUGAGGGCACAGGGUCUUGUCAGGCUCCGCAACAUGUCUUGCCAUCAAGGUGUGUCUCUCUUUAGUUGUCACCUCACAAGCAAGUGAGAUACCUCACCCAAGCUGUAUAUUAUCUUAAACUCCAUAGCCACCCACCCAAGUGGAACAUCGAACUAAGGUUCUUG